CUGGGUUGUGUUCGGAUGGUUCGCUAUAGUGGACGUAUUCCUGCACUCGUACAUGGAACGACGACCCAUUUACUGGACAUUAAAAGCAGUUUUCGUAGCCUAUUUACUUUUGCCAUUCAUACGCGGUUCCGACCUCAUCUAUCACGACUACGCACGGUCGUUUAA